GGCAUCAGUACGCGCUCCGUGCUCAGCCGCAGCAGAUCGUGAAUGUGAACGUGGUCUACGACCUCCACUCCGACUCCGUCGCGUUGCCGUGUCUCCGGGUGCAUUUCCUCUCUCUCGCUACCUCGGGCUAGAUAUAACUAAAAAGCGCACAAAUAUUUGCGCACAACUGUGUGGAGUGAGGCGGAGACGACACUCUGCCGCAGCAACGACUUCCUGUCUGGGCCACUUACGGCUUCUAAAUCCCCAACCCACGGCCCGACCCAUACACGUGCUGCAACGACUGCGGCGUGGAUUUGAGAGCAUAAACUCCGACUCCGACUGCGACUCCGCUUCGAUUCCUGCCUCAAUCAGGGGGCAGCUUCUUCAUUUGUUAUUUUUUGCUAGUGGAAUUCCUGCUCCGGCUGCUCCUGCCUGCGCCAUGCAUUCGCCGGCUGCCAAAGUGUCGGGCUACAUUGUCCUGAUGAUUGUGCAAAUAAUUUUCCUGGUCCUAUUCUGGCUGUUCGUGCGUUACGAGAAGACGGCCAUGCCGCCGGCACUCGGCACUGAAGACGCUGGAUCAGCAAACGAACACGUUUCGAAAUAUCCGCAGUUCCAGGACAUACAGGUGAUGAUCUUCAUUGGCUUUGGCUUCUUGAUGACCUUCCUGCGCAAGUACGGCUACAGUGCCACGGGCUUCACCUUGUUCAUGGCCGCCCUGGUGGUCCAGUGGUCCAUCCUAAUGAAGGGUUUCCUGCACAUGGAGGGCGGCACGAUCAGCCUCUCGCUGGAGAACAUCAUCGAUGCGGACAUUGCCGCCGCCGUGCCCCUAAUUAGCAUGGGCGCCCUGCUGGGCCGCACCACGCCCAUUCAGCUGCUGUGCAUGUCCAUCUUCGAGGUGGCCCUGUUCGCGGCCAACGAGUAUCUGGCCCUGAAUGUCCUCAGCAUCUGCGACUGCGGUGGCUCCAUCACGGUGCACGCCUUUGGCGCCUACUUUGGAUUGGCCGUGGCCCUGAUGCUGCGCCCAGCCAGCGACCAGAAUGAGGCGGGCAAGCACGAGGGCGCCAACUACACAUCCGACAUUCUGGCCAUGAUCGGCACCACCUUCCUGUGGGUCUACUGGCCCAGCUUCAACUCGGUACUGGCCGCGGGCACUGGCGCCGAGCGGGCCAUUUUGAACACGUUUCUGUCAUUAGCCGCGGCAACAGUGACCACCUUCGUGGUGUCCGCACUUGUCAGCCAUGAGAAUAAAUUGGAUAUGGUGCACGUGCAGAACUCGACUCUUGCCGGCGGCGUGGCCGUGGGAACCGUGUGCAACCUGCUACUCGGCGCACACGGCGCUGUCUUAAUUGGCAUUAUCGCCGGCACGGUUUCGGUGCUCGGCUAUCGCUAUUUAACCCCUUGGUUAACUGCGAAUCUGCGGCUACAUGACACCUGUGGCGUUCACAAUUUGCAUGGAAUGCCGGCCCUGAUUUCGGCCAUUGCCUCGGCUAUUUAUGCCUCGAUGGCCACACAGAAUGACUACCAAUCCGAGUUGCAGGACAUUUUCCCAGCCAUGGUGGGCAACAAUGGCACUGCCACCAAAUUUAUGGGCGGUCUGGGUCGCAAUGCCAGCUCCCAGGCGGGCUAUCAAUUGUUUGGCAUUGCCCUGACGCUGCUCAUUGCCAUAGGCGGUGGAAUAUUGGCAGGCACCGUUUUGAAGUACACAAACUUCCGCAAUCUGCAGAAGGACGAACAGCACCAGGAUGAGCAGUACUGGGAGGUGCCAGCGCUGGAGAACAAAGAGGAAUAAGCGAACGCUUGGUCGUGAACUGGUUAAUGCAACGGUGAAUGGCGAGAAGGGGAAAGUGAUCUGCACCUGGGCUGGCAUGUGCUGGAAGAGAGGAGUAGAAGUAGCGCAAAAACGAAUUUGGUUCUCAUGUCUGAUGAAAGGCACAGCAAAUGCAGCAAGAGACAAAAGGAGAGAGAGGGACAAAACUAGUGUUGCUCUCCCACUAAUGCAUUUAUGUAAAUGUGUGUUUGGUUUGGGGAAUCUCUUUUGCUGUGCGGCUGUUUGCAAUGUUUUCUUAUCUUGAUAUCUUUAUGUGUAUAGGAGGUUGAGGCGUAAGUUAAUAGAGCUUGAAUAAAUAAACUUAAUUUCAAUUAUCAAUCAA